AUGACGACAGAGAAACGCACUGUUCAUUUGCCCAACGGUGGUCUUUAUGCAGAGAUGGCCUGGGACAAACAGGACUAUGGAAGGAUUGACGAACCGGUCGCAAUCCAAAUUGUUGCCAGUGGUGCGAGGUUCUCUGAAAUCUGUCGAGUAGAAGCCCCAUUCGCCCAACUGAGGGGAGAACUAAAUAAAUCGUAA